CACCACCACAUAAAUCAUCAAAACGCAUGCAAUUGAACCACCUAUCUAAUGGCCAGUCAUUAGCCUUCGGUGAUGAUGGAACCCCAUCUCGAAAUGGGAUUGCUACAGAAAUUGAGUAGGAAUUCGAUGUCGUGAAGGGGACCGCUGUCGACUUCGACAAGACUCGCGAUCUAGCGCCCCAUCGUCCAGAUCGUCACCCGCCAACGCCGCCUACUGAGAUUCGCGCCUCUCUUUCACUCGAGCGGACCGACAACAGCCGGCAAUGGCUGCCCUUCUGCCUCGUGGAUAUCGCUCUAUCACCGAAUACCGCUUCCGCAAGGACCAGACCGACGCCAUUGUUCGAGCCACUGCCUACCAUCGCAAAGACUACUGUCAUUCCGUGAUAUGGUUCUCGCCUCGCGAACACGUCGGCAUGCGUCCGUCGAUAGCAACACCCUUCCCGCGGACUCCCGACAUGGGACUCGGCUCCCUCGGUCGGCUACCCCUCGAGCUCUUGCAUAACGUAGUGUUACGUCUGGACAUGCGUUCUCUCUUCAACUUCCCGCAAGCAAAUCUCAGUUCGAGACAGACUGUGGACUCUCUCCAUCAAUAUCAGAUGGUGGUCUCGCAUGGACUCAACCUUCUCUGCGCCUUGUUACGAACACGGCUCGCCAUUGGUCUUUCUCUGCUCGACUUUUACCACACGCUGUGUACCAAGUCUUGCGAUCUUUGCGGCGAAUUUGGCGGGUUCGUAUCCCUCCUGGCCUGGAAUCGAUGCUGUUUUGCAUGCCUCCAAGGGGCUCCAGAAACCCAAGUGCAAACUCUUGCCGGUAUCCGGAAGCAGCUCCACUUGACCAAGGCCGAAUUAGGGCAACUGAGGUCCUUCAAAACGUUACCUGGCAUCUAUUCGAUGGAGGAGUCGGUAUAUAAAUCCCGCAUUACGGUUGUCUCUGUUCAUCAGGCCAAAUUGAUUUCCGGACAGCAACCAUAUACAGCGGCGGCGCAGGUACAGCCGGAGAACUCGGAACGAAAUCGAAAGUUCAACUUUAUGGGGUCAUGCGCACUUCCUUAUUAUGAUAGACGAACCAGCAGAGUCAAGUACGGAAUGUUGUGUGCUGGGUGUCAACUCGCUCUCGAAAAAGAUAUCAUCGGCUCUAGGGGUGAGAAAUGGGCAUUCGAGGCUCGCGAUAAGGUAUAUGCGCGAGAUUCCUUUUUGAACGUUUCCGAUGGUGUGAACAGGCCCAGAUCCUGUGGAUAUCGAGCGGUGAAGGCAAGAGCCAGCCAACCGAGCUACCGGAGGCUGCUAGGAGAGGAGGGUACUUCAAUCAUCGAGAAUGAUAAGGGUAUUUACUUAGCGCCUAUACUCCCCUCCUAGAUGAAAGGUGCAAUCGCCCUCCCGCAUUGUAUACGUUUGAUUUGGGGUCAUUUCAUCAUGGCCUGGAUAUGCCUUGUCUAUUGGCGUGCUCAAUACGAUCUGCAUCACACUCACGCACAUUCACCCAUGUCUCCGGCCACUAGGGGCUUUGUCAGCACUAGAAGGGUCGAUCUAGUCUCUGAGGCACAGACCUUACGCUCGUGAGCGUUUGUGAUUGUAGUGGCCCGGGUGGCUAGUGUGGCUGGGUGGCUGGUGGAGAUGUACUAUCGGACCCGCACCAAACGCGCACUGAGU